CCUAUAACAUAAUCUGCAAUAUGGAGAGUGUCACUGUUCAAGUUGAAGAUGUUCCGGUUAAGUUCCCUUUCAAACCAUACCCCUGUCAGGUAAAGUACAUGAGUGCAGUGAUAAGAGCACUAAACUGUAGUGGUAACGCUAUAUUGGAAUCUCCUACUGGAACUGGUAAGACGCUGGCAAUGUUAUGUUCUCUGUUGUCAUGGAGACCGAGUCAGGAAAAUCCUCCUAAGAUACUGUUCGCUUCCAGGACUCACUCUCAACUCUCACAGGUAGCACAAGAGAUCUCCUCCCUGGCCCCCCUCUACCCUGGUAUCUGCGUCUCCCUGCUCGCAUCACGUGAACAGUACUGUCUCCACCCCACCGUCUCCACCUACCACAACGUCUCCCAGUCCUCCGCGUGCCGUUCUGCUGUCUCCUCCAGCUCCUGUACUCACUACACUAACUACAAGAAGUUUUCUAAACCCCCUGUGGAUACUGUCAGGGAUAUAGAGGAUUUUGUAGCGGGGUGCGCGGCGCACAAGACGUGUCCGUACUACUCCGCGCAGUUCUUAGCGCAAAGCGCUGAUGUAGUGCUCCUUCCUUACAAUUAUCUAACAGAUAGGAACCUUCAACACAGGUUCAAGUCCCUGAUUAACGACUCUAUUAUAGUGUUUGAUGAGGCUCACAACAUCACUAAGUUUUGUGAGAAUGGCUACACGUUUGCACUUCCUGCCUCAGAGAUGAACGGAGCACUUGAUGCUCUGGAGGGUUCAGAAGCAGCAGAGAAGUGUCAGCAGAUUUGUGGGUUUUUGGAAGAGUUCUACGAUCAUGGUUACCAGUCAUCUUUCUUCCAGUUCUUUGAGAGUUUCGUCUCGUUUGAUGACGUGAAGUAUUUGAGAGGAGCUGAUAAUGAUAACAACCAGGGACUAAACGAACUGAUAACCUUCCUAGAAAACAUACUUGAUAUAAUAGACAGCAAAACAACUGACUCUUACAACCUUCUCUACGAGAGUGAGACCCAGAGUCUAGUCUGUGUGUGUCUGGAUCCUAGCAUCUCCUUGAAGACACUAAAGAAGUUCACAACGCGGUCCCUUAUCAUCACCAGUGGGACUAUAUCUCCUCUGUCCAGCCUCAUCAAGGAGCUGGAUACGGAGUUUACAGAGGUGCUUAGGAAUGAUCAUGUGAUCAAGCCAUGUCAAGCGCUGGUUCAGGUUGUAACAAGAGGUUCAGAUGGAGAAACACUUCAAUCUUCCUUUAAGAACAGGAGCUCAGAAACCUACCUCCGUUCCCUUGGUAACAGUCUGAUAAACUAUUUCCGGGUCAUCCCUGCUGGGGUUCUGGUAUUCUUCCCUUCUUAUACAGCCAUGGAUAUAGCAGUGGGCUUCUGGAGAGAAGAGGGUAAUAUCUGGAGCUCCAUGCAACAGAUCAAGUCGUUGCACGUGGAAGCGAGAAACAAAGAGUACUUUCACCGAUCCCUAAAACGUUACGAGUACGAUUGUACCAGUGCCACACCCAGAGGGGCUGUUCUCUUUGCAGUGUGUAGAGGGAAGCUUGCGGAGGGAGUAGACUUGAAAGAAGAAAAAAGCAGAGGGGUGAUAAUAGUUGGUAUACCUUACACCUACAUGAACGACCCACUAGUAGCCAUGAAGAUGGAAUACCUGGAUAGAAGGAAGAUAGGAGGGAAAGCCUGGUACCAACACACAGCGUUCAGAGCUGUAAACCAGGCUUUGGGUAGAGCUAUACGACACCAACAUGACUACGGGGUGAUGUUACUGUUAGAUGAGCGUUUUGCAGACAAUACUGACAUGCUUCCUGCGUGGAUAUCUCAGAGUGUGGAGGUGGUACCACAGUUUGGGAGCUCUAUUAAAACCACAGCACAGUUCUUCAAGUUCCACAACAUCUCACCUCCUGCUGAUACGUACUACAGCAGGUUUACUAAAGGAGAACAGGGGUUGAGACAGGGAAUAAAGUGGAUGGAGUUUCCGGUGUUAACUAGCAGUUAUACUGUUUUGAAGACAGUGUUGGGACUUUUAUAUACUGUGUGUAUCACAUUUGUUAGGGGCCUUAUGUUUUUAAUGAGAUCUAGGUGAUACCAGGGACUAUGAGGGACUGCAGUAUGAAGUUGAUAUUAUAUGCUAAUUGUUUAUUGAUACUGGUAGGGUGCUGGAUGUUAACUUUGUAAUUUAAUGCUCACAUUUCUUCAAAUCAACAUGUUUGGUGAA